CCGUCGUGCUAUCGAUCGACGCAAGCAGUCGGCGCUCGCCCUCCGUUCGCGGUACACGUUCUGUGGCCUCGGUCAACGCAUAACCUAUCCCGAGCGCAGUUUCACAUCACACCUCCCGCACUCGUUGUGUCGCGGCCCGGCCGCCUUCAUUACACUCUAAGUGAGCAGCGCAGUAAGACAAGAUGGCAGCGUUCGUGGCCAAGCAGAUGGUGGGCAACAAACUGAGCGCCGUUAAAGGCGCGGUGGGCGGUGACGGUGACGACAGCGAUGACAAGGAAAAGGAAGAAGAAGCAGAACGCGAACGGCAAGAGGCGAUCCGCGAGGCCGAGGAGCGGCGCAAGGAGAAGCACCGCAAGAUGGAGGAGGAGCGCGAGAAGAUGCGCCAGGAGAUAAGGGACAAGUACAAAAUCCCGAAGAAAGAAGAGGUGGUGGAACAGCAGCAGGCCGAGCCGGACAACCCGCUCAUGAGGAAGAAGAAGACCCCUGAAGAGCUGGCCGCCGAGGCAGAGCUUGAAGAUCAGGACGAAUUCACCAAACUGAAAAACACCAUCGAAACGCAAGUGAAUGAACUGAAGUCGCAGAUCGAGAGUAAGUGCGUGAUGCAGUGAGCGAGCGAGCGAGCGGUGCCGGCUCCCGCGCCCUCUCGCGCCCUCCCGCGCCCCUUAUUUACAUAUAAUUAUAAUCUGAAUACAUGAUGUAGCUGUGCUAAGGUCAUCGUUAUGACUCACCAGUCACCGGCCCCGACACAACCCCGUACCCAAACAGGAACGUUUCGUUCGGAAACAACAGGUCGCGCUCAAAGUUAAGUAGGAGAGACUCGAAUUCUAAAUUUUUUCGGAACGUAGUUGGCUAGUGGCGCGUUGGUGCUUGAUAAUGAGCAAUAAUAUUUUUAUACAUUCAUUAAAAUAAAAUGUGGAGCGACCCUCGACACAGCACGUUUGAGAACGUACGGUCAAAAAGUCAUCGGAACACAGCGCGGGACCUCGACACUCGAGUCGAACGCAAACAGUUUCGGAACACACGCGGACGUUAGGUUUUUAUAUGUUGACGCUUGUGAUAUAUUGUUAUUUAAGUGUAAAGAGAAAUAUUAUAACAUGAAACGGAACGGUGUUAAUCGAGGGAUAUGUAUAAAUAGUAUAGCACGCGUGUAGUACUGAGCUCCUCUUCGCCUGUCUAUUCGUUACAUUGAAUAACAAUGUAUUCGCUGUGAUUAUUUGUAUUCAUCCAAAUUCCGAGGCUCGGCGGGCUCGCUCCGCCGCGUCGGCUCGACUUUUGCCUUUAAAUCUUUUGCAUGCGUGCUUCAGCAGUGUUGAAUCGUUUGUACGGUGUACAUUACGAACCUAGCCUUAAAAUCCACAUCGAAACUAACGUAGGUUUACUAUUGUGCGCGUAAUCUGCGCGAGUGUGCGCGUGCCGUGGCACCGCGGUCGCGCCUCGUCCGUGUCUCGCCCGCGUCGCGCCCGCGUCGCGCCCGCGUCGCGCCUGCGUCGCGCCCGCACUGCGCCCCGCCGCGCCUCUCCCGCAGAUUUCCAAUCGUUGUCCAUAUAAUUUCUUGCAUGUGUAAUGAAUAAGAAGUUUGUUCGUUUAGUAAUAAAAAUUGUAAGUGUGUAGAUAAAUAUAAUAAAGAUUUACAAUUUUUGCCGUUGGUUUUACAGUUGUACCGUGUUAGUGGUAGACGCAAUUUGUUUCUAAUGUCUAAACGUUUAUCGGUGUUUACGCUUAGAUAUAAAGUUAACACGUUUGUGAGCAAAUUUUUCGAGCGAUUAACGCCAUCUAGCGGCGGUGGGAACUAAACUUAAGAAUGUAAUCGUUUCGAUACUUGAUGGGACCUCGAACGGAUCCGAUUUGAAAAUCUUUGAGACCAAUAUUUUGCGACUGGAGCCAUAGAUCUUACAACAGAUACUCGUAUAUAACAUCUUUCUCGUUCCAAUAAUUUUGAUGGAAUAAUACAUAGUAAUGCGCAUAAAAUGAAUCUUUACAUGUACCUAAUCUAUAUCUAUGAAAUAUGAGUUGUUCCAUCACUUUGGAACUGCAUAAACAUAACUGAUGACUCCAGUCAAUAAAUAUUACAAACAGCAAGUCCUAAUCGUCUCUUAGUUCGUUACUACACUAAAAGAACAAAUAACAUCGGUGUAAGACUCAUCGUUGAGUCUAUCGAAGAUCACACCAGGGGAUCAGCGACAGAAUAGCGGUGUGAAAUAAUAGAAAGUAACUGUUCGAAAAAUUAUGUCCACAAUAAAGCUGCAAAUGCAAAAGAUUUGUCAUCGUCAAAAGCUGUGAUAUAUGAAUAUAAUAAACUUAUUCAGCGCUGCAAGCGGAAGUGCCGCUGGCGCCAUCUUUCCUUAUUAGCUUCCUAACUUUACAAUCUUCAAUCUUAACAUUUCUCUACUUGAACACUCAGCACAUCAUGUAUUUUAUUAGUUUAUGAUUGUUUACGAGCUCGCUUGAUUUAUUUCGAUGCGGUCAAUUACCUAGCUGAAAUCCAAGCAGAUAUUCUAUAUACGUGUAAAUAAAAAACAAAUAAUUUCUGAUUGUUUACGACAAAACGCUAUUUUUCUGAUCAUAUUCUAUAUUUUGUCUCACUGUGCACAUAUUAAGAUAUUUUCAUAGCUUGUUUAGGGUUUGGUUUGAGCACGCAUAGUAUCCAUCAGGACGUCGUUGGCGUCCGUCCGUCGUUUCUAUUCACCAUCUUUAUAAGUAAUUCACAGUGUAAUUGUGAUUAGUAUAGGUCUAACAUAUAACAAUAAUAAUAGAUCUAUGUACUUGCAUGGCAUUUCUAGCUAACGGUUGUUCGUAGUUACUCUGGGUAAACAAUAAUAGAGUGUAAGGUUUCUGAAUAUGCGUAUGAUUUCACACGACCAACUUUACAUCGUUCAGUACACUUUCCUUCAAUGUACUUCAUGUCUAUGUACGGAGGUUCACUCAUUCAACUAAGUAUGCUUUUAUUGUGCUAAAUAAACGGCCAAAUUAAAGUUAAUCAUCGCCGCGUCCCAUCUUUUCGAAAAUCAGAAUAUAAGUAACACUAACAGUUCAAUCAUAGGCUUACGGUCGUUGGUCAAAGUUUUGCUGUGUUGCCAGCCGAAAAAAUAUAUCUUGAUUCGGUAAUUUUCUAAGAAUGUAGUAUCUCAGUAGCAAGUUUACAGUUAUAAAUUGUUACUUAUUUAUAUCUGUCUAUAUUAUUAUAAAUAACUAAUCUAACUAAGUCUCUAUUAUAUUAUUACAUAAGACUACAUUCUUAUUAUAAAAAUAAAACCUGGCGCAUUAAUUCAUAUACACACCAUAAUUCUAAACACAUUUUCAUAACAAUAAAAGCACUGUUAUAACUAUCAGCACACGAUCCAAUGAGUGAAUCUCCAAAUUCUAUACUUGUAUCUGCAAAUACUUAGCGACUUCUAUAUAAUAGGCUAUGCUUAACUUUUAUCUAAUUAUCUUCUCUUAACAGUAGUUGUUAGCCCUUUCCCUUCGUUGUUGACUCAUGUAGUUUAGUGUAUUAGAAUUAUUUUGAUAGCGUGAUCGACGUCAUUAUAAUGUCACUAAUUUAAACGUAACAGUGUUAUGCAUGAGUGUGACAGCUCUUGGUGUGUCGUGUCGUUAUCUCGACUGCUCCACGGUGCUUCGGGGCGUGACUGUAUGCUUUCGAUGUUCUAUAGAUGUAUUCGUGUGCUUCGACGCUCGAUUGAAAGGAAUUUGGGUGAUAUCAAAUUGUUGUUUAGUUUAAAUAUAAUGUCUCACAGCCCACUCGUCUUUCAUACGUGUAAGUACAUCCUCGUGUGUAAUUCUUUAUAUAUAGUGAAUUUACAAAGAGGUUUAUACAAGGUAGUUGUUAGCGUAGAGUAAUCGGUGUGAAAGAAAAAUUAUUUUUCAAAUUUAUAAAAAAAAAUAAAUGUAUUUUUUCCGUAGCAAUACAUUUAAGACGACCAAUUUUAGAUUUGUCCCAUUAUAACAAUUUAAUAGUUUGCAUUUGUAUGAAUCUUAUGACUUGACACCCAGGGUAAUAUACGCUAUAGUUUGUUUAAGUUAGAAUGACUUUUUGGCCUACGAAGCCUAGACUUUCGGAAGUUACUACAUUCUUUCUCUUGAUGUACCAAAUUUCCCCGAACUGUUGUUCUUUCUUUAGUCGAGUUGUGGAGAUGUAGGAUUAACGUCGUGGCGUAUUCACGAGCGGCGCGGUCGUGGAAGCGGAUUAUGACUAUUUAUUCCUAUCCAUCUAUCUCUCUUAAUCUCAUAUAGCAUUUAAUAUCUUAUUUUAAUAAUAUUUCAUAAAAUGUAUCUAAUAAUCGUAUACAUUUAAUGUUGUAUCUGAUAUAUUAUAUAAAUAUUUAAUAUUAGAAUCAAAAUAACAAAUACUUAUAAGGCACGAUGGCUGUACGAAUUACAAAUACAACGGCUAAUUACACCUCAUCAUACUAUCCUAUUUCCGUGUCAUAAAAAUUAUAAUACACUUCCCUCUUUUAUUCCUAAAUAAAUAAUAUUUUUUCUUAUUAAUGAAUAUUUUAGAUAUAAAAUAUAUCCGCUCCCAACACCGCUUCCGCGCGUUAAUAUGUCUCAACGCCUAACUUGUUAAACUUUUUGGAUAUACUAGCAUAUAAUAGUUGCACUAGAAUUAGAAGUUAUGUAUGUUGUCGACUUAGUGAUACAUUUGUAAAUGACUAAACUACUGUUGUAGACUUAAAUUCGUGUUAAAAUUAUAAAGUUUGACUUAAUGCACUUUGGUUUUAAGAAGGAAGAGGAUUGUUUCGACGUUGUGUUGUUUAUUUGCCAGUUAAGGUGAAAUUGUUGCCAAUGUAUUAAAUUUUAAACCUUUAAAGGUGUGUUAAAUGAUUACUGCAUAAAUUAAAAUAUAACAAUAGCAAUAUUAAUGCUUAAAAGUAACUUAAAAAAGUUUAAAAUAUUGACUGAAAUGUUGCCAUCAUACAAAUUUACAAAUGUGUCACUUUGAAAUACGGUGAGAAGGAAAAUAAGAACUGAAAGUAUUAUUACCUGAAAUUUACCUGUUUAGUGAUUUUGGGUAUUGUAUUAAAUAUAGUAUACCAUAUUAUAGACCCAAAUUUACGGAAAA